AUAAUAAUUCUGUUUUCCGCCAAAACCUAAAAGAUUCAUCACUCUAUCGUAUCUACUGGUUGGUUAAUUUAAUCUUACAUCAUCAUCUUUCACCGGAAAGUUGCCGGACCUCGACGACUUGCUUGUCCGGCCACCGUAGACGCAGCCGUAUUUUAUCCAAAAGUUCUCGUACCUCGAGGUGAUACAACUUGAGACAAUGUAUUCUUCUAUGUUUUCUACACAUGCUACAAACGGCACCGCCAUAGCUCUUAAACAAACCAAGAUUUAUGGUGUGACCAAGAAGUCAGAUUUCUCGCAAAAGCAUCAUCUUCUUCGUUUUAAGAAUAACCGCACAUCAAAGGAUAUGAUCCAAUGUAGGGCAGUAGCAGUAGAAACUUUCCGACCCUUUGUAAAGGGAGAAAAGUUCCAACUUGACGAUGUGAUUGAAGCACAACAAUUCGAUAGAGAUAUACUCGGUGCCAUAUUUGAAGUCGCGCGUGAAAUGGAAACUAUUGAGAAAACGUCACGUGGAAGUCAAAUUUUGAAUGGCUUUUUAAUGUCAACUCUGUUUUACGAGCCUUCAACUAGAACUCGCCUUUCAUUUGAGUCAGCAAUGAAACGCUUAGGUGGAGAAGUCUUAACAACAGAAAACGCACGCGAGUUUUCUUCUGCUGCUAAAGGAGAGACACUUGAAGAUACAAUUAGAACUGUGGAGGGGUAUUCAGAUAUUAUUGUGAUGAGGCACUUUGAAAGUGGUGCUGCUAAAAGAGCAGCGAUGACAGCUAACAUUCCUGUAAUUAAUGCCGGUGACGGUCCAGGUCAGCAUCCUACUCAGGCUCUUCUUGACAUGUACACAAUUCAACGGGAAAUCGGAAAGCUGGACGGGAUUAAAGUUGGACUUGUUGGCGAUCUUGCUAAUGGACGAACAGUUCAUUCUCUAGCCUAUCUUUUAGCCAAAUAUGAUGAUGUUAAAAUCUACCUUGUCUCACCACAGGUUGUUAAGAUGAAGGAGGACAUUAAACAAUACUUGACGUUAAACGGGGUUGAUUGGGAAGAAAGUGCGGAUUUAAAGGAAGUGGCAUCAAAAUGCGAUGUGGUGUACCAAACCCGCAUUCAAAAAGAGCGGUUUGGUGGGAGAGCCGAUUUGUAUGACGAAGCUCGUGGCAAGUACAUUGUUGAUCGGGAUGUGUUAGGCGUUAUGCAGAAGCAUGCUGUCGUCAUGCAUCCUUUUCCCAGGCUUGAUGAGAUAACGGUGGAUGUAGAUGACGACCCAAGGGCAGCUUAUUUUAGACAAGCGAAAAAUGGUCUUUAUGUUAGAAUGGCUUUGUUGAAGCUUUUACUUCUUGGUUGGUGAGUAGGUUGCAUGCUAGAUAGUCUUGAGAAUUGCAGGUCUUUUAGAUGCUAUGUUAAGGUUAUGGAUUUUUGUAAGGAUGUUCGUCUUGUGGUUUUAGUUUAAGAAUAUUUUAGACAUUUGUUUAGCAUCUGUUUUUUAAAAUAAAGACCGGUUUCGUGAAACUAAA